GAUAAGUCUGGAUUAGAAUUUUCUCAAUUUUAUGCUAGCUCGAAAGUUCUGGAUCUGCUCUUCCCAGUAUAUAACCCAGUGGACACCCGGCGAGGCUGAAGUGGAUCUGAUUCUUUUCCCCAUCACAAUUCGACUUACAAUCUUAAUCGCGAUCAAGACACGAAGUCUCUUUUCACGCAAUCGAUUAACGAUAUACCCGAGUCUUGAAAUCAGCAAUUGUCACAUCUACACACCCAUCAUGUUGCGCUGGGUCUAUCCUGUCCGCCUGAUUCAGGCUCUCUUUGCCUUUGCUAUUAUUGGCUUGACUGCAUACAUCAUUGCCUCCCUGUACGAUGAAUGGUCGUUCUCGAAUGUCAUCUAUUUCAUGCUGUUCAAUGGCUGCUGGACUAUCGUCGUCGCUGUGCCCUACCUGGGUCUCGCCCCUCUCUGGUUGCCGCGCUUCUCUCAUGAAUUCGUGAUUCCGGCCAUGGAGUUUGUGACCAUGGCCCUGUGGCUCAGUGGCUGGAUCGCCAUGGCAGCUAUGAUUCCCAAGCCCGACGUCUGCAACUAUGCCAGCUGCCACGCCCUCCAGGCGACUAUUGUCAUUGCCGCCGUUGAGUGGGCUCUGUUCGCUUUCACCAACGUGUACGCCUUCAUGGACGUCGCCAAUUCGCGCCGCAACCACCACAACCAUGAGCAGCAGCAACCGGCCGUCUCCGAAGUGACUGCUCCAGAGAGCGUCUAAAGGGGACGACAAGGACAUAAAACCACAGACCGAGACAGUCAUAACUUGCAUGUACUGGCAUCUGUCAUAUGUCAAACAUGCAUUGGAUCGGCUGACUCAACAACUUAAUGCUCAAUAAUACAUAACAAUGACGCAUGGAUUAACACGAAUCUACGAAUAAACUCGGGUGGAUCUACGGGGAACUUGCUCAUUGAUCAUCGGCGUGAUGUUGUUUUAUGACGUGUUUCUUGAGCCUCAUGUGAUAGGCUUUCCACGUGGAUACCAUAUAUCUGAUUUUACCU